ACUCGAACUAGAAGAUGGUUCGGCGGCAGGAGGGCUUAAGUAAAACCUUCUAAAGUUCCAUCAAAGCCCGAGAAAUGCAGGGACGGACAGAUGUGUGGAGCUAGGUGCUGGAGACGGAGUUGGGUUGCUAGAGACAGAGCUGGGUUGCUGGACACGAAGCUCGGCUGCUGGGGACGGAGCUCGGCUACUGGAGAUGAAGCUCGGUUGCUGGAGACGGGUGAAGAGAAACAAGAUGCAAGAUCUAGCCCUGCACCACUGGUUCACCAAGUCCAAGAUCUAGGGCGCCGAUUCACAAAACAGGAAGGAGGAGCAGCAGUAGCUGCACGCCCUGCACCACUGGUGAAGAGGGUUGGAUCAGAGGGCAAGGCUAGGGUCGGAUCGGAGGGCAAGGCUAUGUUCGCAAAAUGGAAUUUUGUGUACUGACCGAUACACCGAAUUUUAACCGAAAUAAAAUUUAAUGUUGUACCGUUUCGAUCAAGUAUCAAAAUCGGUACGUACCGACCAAUACGAGAUUGACUUUUUUGGUUUCGAUGCUUCCGCGGGAUCUUCUACUUCUGUUUUAAUGAAAUGUAAUGUACACA